CAGAUGACAGCACCAGCUAUAGGCAUCGAUCUCGGUACUACGUUUUCCUGUGCGGCAGUCUUCAGAAAUGGCAAGGUGGAGGUGAUACCCAACGCUGAAGGCAACCGCCUCACGCCGUCGUACGUGGCCUUCACGGACACCGAACGACUUGUCGGUGACGCCGCCAAAGCCCAGGCCACGGUCAACCCCGAAAAUACUAUUUUCGAUGCGAAGCGACUGAUCGGGCGUCGCUUCGAUGACCCCGUGACGAAGGCAGACAUGAAGCUGUGGCCGUUUACAGUUAUCAACGAGAAUGACAAACCUAUGAUCCAGGCCCAGUUCAUGGGCGACCGCAAGACCUUCUACCCUGAAGAAAUAAGCGCCAUGGUAUUGUCAGCUCUCAAGAGCUCGGCUGAGGCGUACCUAGGCAAACCAGUGUGCAACGUUGUGAUGACGGUGCCAGCGUACUUCAACGAUUCUCAGCGUCAGGCCACCAAAGAUGCCGGCACCAUAGCAGGCCUCAACGUGCAGCGCAUCAUCAACGAACCGACGGCAGGCGCACUCGUUUACGGUCUCGAUAAUGUCAUGAAAGAGGAGCGAAACGUGCUAAUUUUCGAUUUGGGCGGUGGAACUUUCGACGUAACCAUAUUGACAAUUGAAGAGAGCAUCUUCGAGGUCCGUGCCACGGCCGGAGACACGCAUCUUGGCGGUGAAGACUUCGACACACGUCUGGUAGAGCACUGCGCCAGCGAGUUCGCCAGGAAGUACGGGCUGGAUCUAUGUAGUGACAACAAGGCUCUACGGAGGCUGAGAACAGCUUGUGAGCGUGCAAAGCGUACGCUUUCGUCAGCGACUGAGGCCACCGUGGUGCUGGACGCUCUGUACCGCGGCGAAGACUUGCAUAUGGUCAUCACUCGCUUGUGCUUCGAGGAGCUCAACCAGGACCUGUUCCAGAAAACCCAAAUUAUCUUGGAACAAGUGUUGGGCUCCGCGUUGAUGAGUAAAGACGAUAUAGCAGAUGUAGUGUUGAUUGGAGGGUCAACGCGAAUCCCGUGCGUUCAGCAGAUGGUGAAGGCAUUCUUCGGAAAAGAACCGAACAAGUCUGUAAAUCCGGACGAAGCCGUCGCUCAUGGUGCAGCCAUUCAAGCGGCUGUCCUGAACGGUGAUUCUUCUGACAUCAUCACUAACCUGGUUCUCGUCGAUGUCACCCCUUUUUCCCUCGGCAUCCGAGUGAAAGGAGGAAUCAUGAGUGUAAUUAUCCCCCGGAACACGCACAUCCCCACUCAAAAUACCAAGAAUUUUGUCACCUCAUGGGACAACCAAACCGAAAUUUUGUUUGAAGUAUUUGAAGGUGAGCGAAAGAUGACAGCCGAUAACCAAAAAUUGGGAGAAUUUCUUUUAUCUGGAAUCCCACCAUUGCCUGUACGACAAGCUACUGUGGAUGUAACCUUUGAGAUAAACACCGAUGGAAUCCUUCACAUUUCGGCGGUGCAAACCAUCACAAAUAGUAGAAACCAGAUAACGAUUACUAGUAACAAAGGGCGGCUAUCGGAAGAGGAGAUCUCGCGAUUGGUGCUGGAGGCGGAAGCCAUGAAGCAAGAUGACGAGGCCAGGCGAAAGGUGGCCAAGGCGAGGAACGAGCUGGAGCGCCUCUGCAGGAUCGGGCAUCGCGCGGGAACGGGCCACGUUAAAGACAAGUGCCAGUCGAUGCUGGCGUGGCUGGCUAAUGACCAAGACGCCAAGACGUCGGCUUGCAAAAUCACCUCGAAACGACUGGAAUUGCAACUGCUCCUCGAUACGGUGAACUUGAAGAUUUAAACCGUUUAUAUCAAUCGCGAAAUUGUGAUGUACGUAUGAUUUUCAUUUAAAAACAAGAUGGCUUCUUUCAUUAACAUAUUUAAUAAUAAUAAUUUACGAGACAUGUCACUUCAGCCGCAUGUUUAUCGCUAAAUA